AAUAAAACUUGGUUUUUAUAAGCAAUCAAUAUUUUUUUUCUUUUUUCAGACAUCAAUGAAUGCACAUCGAAAGCGCAUAAUUGCCAUGCUAACGCAGACUGUACAAACAAUGUGGGCUCAUUUUCUUGUCAGUGUAGACGAGGCUACCAAGGUGAUGGCCGUACGAUGUGCUCAGAUAUUGAUGAGUGCUCUCCUGGAAAAAACAAAUGCCAAUUAGCUGGCUUGGUGCACUGUUCUAAUUCUAUCGGCGGCUAUACAUGUAAACGUACUUUCAGCGCAAAUGGGUCAGGUCGGAAUGGCAACAUCCAAUCGUUUGUCAUAAGAAAAACUGGGAAAUACAUGAUACGAGCAGAAGGAGCAAGAGGUGGGACACACUAUUACACCUAUGGAUACAAACCAGGAACUUACUAUGGAGGGAGGGGUGCGGUCGUCGUUGCCACCAAAGUGAUCACUGUUGGCACUACACUGAAUAUUGUAGUCGGUAAAAGAGGAGGAAACUCGGUCGAAGUCAGUGGAGGAGAAACCACCAGAAAGACCGCAGCUCAACUUGGCAAAUCAGUCGAGGAUAACGCAGGCACUGGUGGGGGUGGGGGUAGCUUUGUUUAUACGGCUGACAAUAUUUUAUUGGUGGCCGCAGGGGGUGGUGGGGGUGCAUCCUCUGGAUAUCAUGGUGUUAGCGGUACUUUGAGUACUUCUGGGACAUCAAGCAUGGGAUUUAACGCCAAUCAUUCUCGAGGGGGAGGUACAUUUGGUAGCCCAGGCAAGUGUAACAAUGUCGGUGCCAGCUACCAUGGAGGGGUUGGUGCGGGUUGGCAUGGCCAGGGAUGCGCACGAGYUGAUAAUAGUCCGCACGGAGAGCCAGGUGGGUCACGUGCUGAGGGCUGGGUAGGAGGGCGCGCCGGAGAUAUGAACAGCGGAUAUAACGGUGGACCUACUCCUGGUGCGGUAGGGGGAUUUGGAGGGGGUGGGGGUGGAUCAGAAGACAAUGGUGCAUCCGGAGGUAGAGGUGGAUACUCGGGAGGUGGCAGUGGCACACAUGAACGUCAAGCCGGUGGGGGAGGGGGCUCAUACUGCCGUCCAAGUGAUUGUCGCAAGUACUCUGGAGCGAAUACAAACGAUAAYGGUAUAGUGAUUGUAUCGUUCUUGGGGCCGUAAAUACAAUAUUCAUAAAAAUAUAAAUAGGGUCGGAGAUUUUUGCAUGAUAAAAAAAAACAAACAAAAUUAUGCUCGUAAGAAUAUCCCUUUGUUGAGAGUUUUGCACYACCACCACCGAGUAUAUCGCUAUAGUUGACUAGAGUACUAARUCAAGUCUUGCAACAUGAUGUUUCAAUAUUUAUUAUAGAACACGGAMGGCGGAGCAUAUCAUUUUGGUUGUGGGCCAGUGGGUGGGGGGAGUAGGAAGGAUUCCGCCCAACCUCGACAACAUUUUACUGAAUUUCCAUUCUCACGAGCUUACCUUUUCACACUGAUAAGAGCAAAUUUUUAAAAAAGUCAGAAAGAAAUUACAGCUUUUCACAGCGCACCGUUGUUCCGCGGUUCGCAUUAAGUAUAGAAUGGGAAUAUAUAUACACAGCACUCAUUUAUCGGUGUAAACUAUAUUGUGACUAAGUUGUUCUUGUAAAUCUGCGAUGUCACUGUGAAAUGUAUGGUUGGGGAACGGUCUAAGAACAACUCAUUUUAUGAAUCUUAAUCAAUCCAAGUAGUUAAGUUAAUGGGAGGCAGUGAUGACCGGUAAGGCGUCAUUGCUGCUGAUCAGAGGAGGGCGGUAUACUGGACUUCGUAUAGCAGACAUAAGUUUAGCGGAUUGAUUAUGAUCCCCUGUUAAAAAUAUAAUUGUCUGCUACGUGAGAUUUUGUGCAGCCUUAACCUCGAAAGCAUGUGAUAUAUUCUUUUAUUCAGCAGAGAAUCUCACUAUUCCAAUACGUACCAAGAAGACAAUAAAAGUCUAUGUUUGAUUGUUGAAGCUAAGCUUGCACAAAAGAGAUUCGAAACUGGAGUUUUCAAAGAACAGUGAAUUCAAAUUAAGGAGCCUAAUACGAGAUAAAAACAUCAACUUGGCGCACAACAUUGUUUCUGUUCAAGUUUAGGUUCUCAAGUUUAGGUUCUUCAUCGCGCGAGAUGAGCU